AUGAAGACCGUCUCCAAUCUUGCGAGCGUCUUCGUCUGUCUCUCCUUGAUCCCGCAGCUUGCUCUCGCUGUCCCUCAUUAUGAGAAGCGUCAGGCCAGCGCGUCUGCCACCGUCGACACGGCUGCCGGACCGACUCUCGAGCCCGUCCUUCCUCCCCAACAGGACACCAGCGACCUGAACAUCAUCAACCCGGACAAGGCCGUCCAACUCGCCUAUGCCGGAGUCUCCACUGGCCCUCUGACAAAGCGUGACGACUCCGUAAUCCUCGUCGAAUUUGACUUCACGUUCAAAUACCCGACCGUCGCCCUCGACCACUCGGACUACAUCACCAGCGUUUCCUGCUCCAGCGACGGCGAGCUCACUGCUCAAAUCAACGACGCCGAUGCCUACGCACUCGCCAAGGAGUCUUGGGGCCCUCUUGGUGACUUGAUCCUCAUCACUGCCGUUGAGGCAUGCGGCGGUGAUGCUCAGAACGACCUCUUCCUUGCCACUGCUGUCGAUUUCGACGACUCGGACAACUCUUUUACCGCUUCUGGAUCGCACGUUACUUUCCACGAUGCUCUGAGGACCAUGGAUGUCAAGUGGGGCAAUGCUCCGUCCGACACCCUCACCAAGCGCUUCGCUCACCAGCGCCGCGACGAGCCAGAUGAGACCGCCACGGCGACUUUGGACAUCGGCUACAUGAUCUCCGAGCAAGUAUCUGCCGCCGAAGACGCUCCGUGGCCUGGUGCUGUUCUGCUUGCCUCCUGGGGUCUCGAUGACAAGGAAGAGGGGGAAUCCAAGAAGCGCGACCUCGCCUCCACCACAGAGCUUGCCGUUCGUGGAGAGGAUGAGGGAGGGUUUGAUGCCGGCCUGAACAUCUACUGCGUUGACUGCGGUGUCAAAGGCUCCAUCAUCGUCACGGGCAUGUUGUCCUGGGGCUUCUUCGACGGCAUCACCCUCGCCCAGGUCCGGAUGUCCGGUAACAUGUAUGCUGGAAUGUACCUUGGUCUGGAGAUGUUCGCUGUGUACAAGAAAGAAUACGAGAAGAACUUGAUCAAGAAGUCUCUCAACCCAUGGACCGUCCCUGGCCUGAUCGACUUCGGCCCAUACGUCCGUCUCGCCGUCUCCGCCGGCAUUGAGAUCAAAGCCGAAGGCACGCUCCUCAUCGGCGCUUCAGCAACCUGGGGAAACUUCGAGGCCUUCAUGGAUCUCAUCAGCGGCGAAUCCAGCAGCUCCACAUCCGGUUUCACUCCCGUCAUCGACCGCAAGGCCGAGGCUGAGGUCUCUCUGUCCGCGGAAGCGACGCUCGGCAUGCCGAUCGGCAUUGGUGUCGGAAUCAGCAUCCUCGACCUCUUCACGGACAGCUUGAGCAUCGGCUGCGAGCUGACUGACACGCCUGGAAUCAAGGCGGAGGCCAGCUACUCGUUCUCCGUCGGCAAGGAUGAGGAAGAGGAGGAAGAGGACACUUGCUCGGGUAUUGAUUGGUCUAUCAAGUUGGAGAACAAGCUUGGGUUCAGUGUUAUCGGUGCUUACAAUGGCUACUGGGAUCUGAUUGAGCCUUACGAGUCUGAGCCGCUGGCUGAUGGUUGCAUCACAUUUGGAGAUGACGAUGGGAACAACGACGGCGGCGACGACAACGACGAUGGCAGUGACGACGGCAGUGGAGACGACAAUGGAGACGGCGAAGGCGACGAUGAUGACGAUGGCGAGGACGGCGAAGACAACGGCGACGAUGGCGACGACGACGGCAACACCACCCCAGGACGCGGACACGUCUGUGUCUCCAAGAACGAACGCAUCCCCGCCUCCCUCACCUGCAAAGCCAUCACUAGCGGCCCGAGCGACAAGACCUCCACCCUCCUCGGACCCUCGCAGGCCAAGAAGCGUCGUCGAUGCGUCAAGCGCUGUCUCGCCAACAACCAGUGCCAAAGCAUCGGCUGGAACCAGAGCACGAAGGUGUGUCAGAUGUACAGCGCGUCGGUUGAGAGCCUCGGGAUGCCGCUGGCGAAGGGCAAGGCCAAGGAGAUCUUUGGUGAUCGGUCUUGCUGGAGGACUACUCCGUGUGCUAAGUAG